GCCGCAGGAGGCUCAGGACAGGUUAAGGAGCCGACUGUGGAGCAGGGCAGGGAGGCGGUCGCCAUGGUGACGGAGCAGGAGGUGGAGGCCAUAGGGAAGACCCUGGUGGACCCCGGGCAGCCCCUGCAGACGCGCUUCCGGGCCCUGUUCACGCUGCGGGGGCUCGGUGGCCCGCACGCCAUCGCCUGGAUCAGCCGGGCCUUCGAGGACAGCUCCGCGCUGCUCAAGCACGAGCUGGCCUACUGCCUGGGCCAGAUGCAGGACCCGCGCGCCAUCCCCGUGCUGGCGGACGUCCUGCGCGACGCCGGCCAGGAGCCCAUGGUGCGGCACGAGGCCGGGGAAGCGCUGGGGGCCAUCGGUGACCCGGAAGUUCUGGACCUCCUGAAGCAGUACUCCACCGACCCCGUGGUUGAGGUGGCCGAGACGUGCCAGCUGGCCGUCGGGCGCCUGGAGUGGCUGCAGCAGCACCCCGGGGAGGACUCCGCCUUCCGUGACCCCCUGCUGCGGCUCCCCUCCCCUGGGCCAGGGUUCUGUGGGCCGUGCCCGGGGCUGCCUGCCUGGCCCCACGGGGACUCCACCAGCUGCGCCCACGACCCAGGCUUAGGGGACCAGGCAGCCGUGCGGCCUCCACACCGGCCUCCCUGGGUGCUGGUGCACAGUGCUCCAGACAGGCACACCGCAGCGUGGAAGCUUCCAGAUGUCGGGGAACACUGGGGUCCCCGAGGACCGCGGAUAGUGUGGAUGGUGGCCCUGCUCCGCGCCCUUCCUGGCCGGGGUCCUCACCGUCAGUCACCCCCUCUCCCCGGCCCCCUGGAGGGGCGGCUCAAGCUCAUCCACAAAGCCCAGCGCCCGGGCCUGUCGCGGCCACACCCCCUACUCCCCUAG